GAUGAUGCUAACAGAGGGGGAGAAGAGGAAGAAGAAGAAGAAAGACACGCCGAAAGGAGUGAGAUGUACAACAGUGGGAAGACGCAGGCAGAUCUGAGGGUGCUUGAGAGAUCUGGUGGGGGAAACAAUACGCUGAGCAACAGCAGACGGGCCGACAGAGUGACAGAACUGACAGAGACGCCUCUUGAUGCGCAGAUCUGAAGAGGUGUGUUGAUUUGCUCCUGACGGCUGGCGAUGACUGGAGAUUCUGAGAGGAGAGACGGAUCCGACGUGCGAGAGAUGAAAUUCUCACUGAGACGCUGAACGGGAGAGCAGCUGACGUCAGAGGUGAUACGAGGGCGCACAGGUCACUGAGAAGUUGCAGCAUCCUGGACCUGGAGAAGAUCCAGCAUCACCUGGUUGGACACGGACCAAGAGUCUACGGAUGAGGAACGGACAUGAGGACACACAAACUGGAGUUGGUCUACUGGUUUGACUAGUCUCUCCUUUUUCCUCUAGAGUUUCUGAGCCAACGCUGGACUGUCAUCAUCGUCAUCAUCCUCCUCACCAUCAUUAUUAAUGAUGAACUUCAACAGCACAGAGUCCUGGCUUUUUAUCAACACCUCAUUUUCCGUGCUUCCUGUGGUAGCCAGUCCCGGGAACAGGAGUGGCAUGGAAGGGUAUCUUCAAAGACUGGCUCAUUUGGAUGAAGGGCUCUAUAACGACUUUUAUGGCGUGUGGAUUGCACUGAUGGUCAUUAACUCUCUCAUAUUCCUGAAGACCACCUCUGUCAUCUACACCAUCAACCUGGCGGUGACGGACCUCCUGGUGAAUCUCUCUCUGCCGACCCGCAUCCUGCUCUACUACAGUGGAGGCGCCUGUCUCACCUGCUCCUACAUGCACAUCUUCAGCUACUUCGUCAACAUGUACUGCAGCAUCCUGUUUCUGACCUGCAUUUGCGUGGACCGUUACCUCGCCAUUGUGCAGGUUGAGGCGUCCCGUCGGUGGAGGAACUCCAGUGUGGCCAAAUGUGUGUGUGUCUCCGUCUGGCUGUUUGCCAUCGUGGUCACCUACUCCUUCCUUUCCACUGCUUUCCAGCACCCUGGCUGCUGCCUAUCGAAGCUCCUCUUCCUCACCAUCACCGAGUUCUUCCUCCCUCUCAUCAUCAUUGUGGUGUUCACGUUGCGGAUCAUGUGGGCACUAGCUGACCGCCGUCUGAUGCAGCAGAGCAGGGAGAGGAGGAGGAGGGCCGUCCAGCUGCUGAGCACAGUGCUGAUAAUCUUCACGGUCUGCUUCACACCCUUCCACAUCAGACAGGUGGUGGUGUAUUUCUACCCCGACAUGCCUCAUCAUGUGAUCGUCUACCACCUGACUGUCACUCUCAGCAGCUUGAACAGCUGUAUGGAUCCCAUCGUCUACUGCUUUGUUACAAAUAAUUUCCAGGUAAUAACCAUUUCUUGCUGUCUUUCUCAUCUUUUUUGGUGCCAUCCAUCACAUCAGUCACCCUCAUUAAUUCUCUUAUUUUCUCAUCGAUUCGCUGAACAACUUUACUGCCUUUCUGUCCCGCAGGCCACCAUGAGAAACAUUUUCCGACGCCAAGAGCCUGAGCAGACUAGCGGGGACAUCAUCAGCAUGCAGCACAGCUCCAAGGGGUCGGGAGGGACACCCACUGCCAUCACCAAUAAUGUGAUCAUGAUGACCAGGAUUUCCACUGCUCUGAAGGAUCCGGAAAAGAACCACACAGUGUAAAUCAUUUUACACAUGGGCUGAAGAAAACUGAGCAUUACUGAGGUGUCACAGUUGCCGGGGGAAAGGUGGCAGAUACAGAGACUCUGCUGACGAGGGAUAACGGCACUGGUUUAUGAUGAUGCAGAACUAAGAGCUCAGGAUCAACAGCCACGGCCUACGAGCAGCAAAAACCUUGGAAUAACUACUUUAAUCGCUUACAAGACAAGAGACAAAGUUAGUCUGCACCCAAGAUUAUUAUUGUGCCAAGAAACCUUACCAUGACUGUGAGCCUUGUGACUUUACAACCGUGAGACAAGCGCUAGUCCAGUGUGCUGCCAAAGUAAACAACAGAUGACACAACUGACUUGAUUUGCAUUAAUACUUGAAUCAUAGUCUCAAGAUGCCAAGUUUCAUUUUAAAUGAAAAGUCUUUUAACAUUUAUAUUCAAUGUGACCAUAUCUACAUAUAUAUUUUACCUUUAAAGUGAAAUUAAGCCAGGAAUAUUUUGUCCAAAUACACUUUUCCAUGUCAUGUUUAAAAAUGAAAGCACAAAGCAGUGAAGCUGAUAAACAGCUACUGCCAUCUAAAUGUUUCCUUCAAAGAUGUCAGUUUCACUGGGGAUGCUGGGGGCAUGUUCCCACCUCUUUGUUAAAGUGGCCUACUUUAUCUGCAUCACUUUUUAAAAGCAUGAUUUGUUAAAAAUGGUGUAAAAAUAGCUUGCAACAAGAAAUGUUAUCCAACAAAUGAGAUGAAAUGAAAUUCCAGUACCAUUUUGCAUUACAGUGCCUCAAAUCAUGUGUGCAGAAGACCACUCCUCCAGUUGCGCUGGGCACAGUUGCUGAUGCAAACUGAACAAUGAUUGCUGUGACUUCUUUUAUGCAGAAAUGACCAGGACAGGAGUGCUGCUGACAAUAACAAAAGAGGAAGUUGAGGAUUGACAUAAUGUCAAACAGACCACGCCUGUAUCUUGUUUCCUACAUAAAAGGAAGGCCAUGUGUAAUUUCCUGGAUUACAUGAUGAUCACUUCAGAGGAUCCACUUCAAAAAGUGUUUGGGAAUAAUAAUACUGUGUGUCCAGCAGAGAGCAACAUUGCACCGCCAUUCAAGGGGCCGGAAAAGCAAGAGACCACAAACAACUGUACCAAAUGGAAACUUUUUGGAUGACUGAAGGGAGCGAAGUUGUGAAUGUUUGGGCUGUGAUAAUAUUGUUUUACUAUAACAAAGUUGGGCAUCAUGUGUUGCUAAGAAAACUUUUUAUUUUUUGUUUCGUCAAAUGUCACAUUUAAAGUAUACUGGAGAAAUG